UCGAAAUUUUAGUAAUACCUAAAUUUUUUGUGGACAAUAUCCUAUUCAUUGUGCACCGCUAAUCAUCUUAGCGAGCAAAACAAAACAGUGGCGGUUUCUGUUGCAUUACGUGGAGUUUCUAGUGUUCGUGCCAGUCCUCUUCGAUGGCUGCAAACUGCGCCUCUUUACUAACGUUAGUGGUCGCCGGAAUAUUCCUGCGAGCCACUAUAUCUCUGCAUUCAUAUUCCGGUGAAGCAACUCCUCCCAUGUUUGGUGAUUUCGAAGCCCAACGGCACUGGCAGGAAGUUACGGUGAAUCUUCCAAUUCGAGAUUGGUAUCAGAACACAACCGAUAACGAUUUACUUUACUGGGGUUUGGACUAUCCGCCACUGACGGCAUAUCACAGCUACCUCGUUGGAAAAUGGGCCCAACUGAAGGAUGAUUCGUUUGUUAAGUUGCACGUGUCCCGUGGUAUUACAAAUCCAGAGCAUAAAUGUUUCAUGCGGAAUACUGUUCUGUUGGCAGAUGUUUUGCUAUACAUUCCGGCAGUUCUGAUCGCUUGUUACACCAUUCGGAAGAGGAUUCUUGGUGGAAAAAUCACUGGAAGUGAUCUAUUGUGCAUGACGUUGGCGGUACUGUAUCCCGGACAGAUAUUGAUCGACAACGGUCAUUUUCAGUACAAUAAUGUAUCGUUGGGAUUAGCGGCUGUAGCCAUAGCAGCUGUGAUUGCCGAUAGGAAUUUUCUCGGAGCUGUUCUUUUUGUACUAGCUCUAAACUAUAAACAGAUGGAACUGUAUCAUGCAUUACCGUUUUUCUUCUAUUUACUACAAUGGUGCUUCAGAGGUGCCAAUGGCAUUGACUACGGUAAUGGCGUUUUGAAUUUACUGAAAUUGGGUACGGUGGUGAUUGGAACAUUCGCAUUCUUGUGGAGUCCAUGGCUGGUAUCAUGGGAGGCCUCUACGCAAAUAAUCCAUCGAGUGUUCCCAAUAGCCAGAGGUGUUUUCGAGGAUAAAGUCUCGAACGUAUGGUGCGUAGUGAAUAUUUUCAUAAAGUUGAAAAAUUUGGAAAAUGCACAUAUGACACUUAUCUGUUUGAUUUGCACAUUGACGGCUGUUCUACCAAGUAGUUUGGCACUCCUCUUCAAAAAUUCCAAACGCAACUUUCUGCUAGCUCUAAUUAAUUCUUCUCUCGGUUUUUUCCUCUUCAGUUAUCAAGUGCACGAAAAAUCUAUUCUAUUAGCAUCUCUCCCAGUACUUCUUUUCUUCCAACUAUCUCCUCUCCCAUGUUUUUGGUUCCUCCAGAUCUCAACCUUCAGUAUGAUCCCGCUUCUUCAUAAAGAUAACCUUCUGAUUGCCUACAUUGCCUUAACCGCAAUUACAUUAGCCCUACUUAAAGUAGCACUGUCCACGAUGAACCACGGGAAAUCACCGAAAAAUGCCUUCUUGGUCGACAUCUUCAACAUCGAAUCAUUUCUUCAACACAACAGUGGCAAAGUUUCAUGGAAAAACUUAGUGUGGGUGUAUGGUUUCUACGGUUCUCUGGUGGGUCAAACGGUGCUAUUGAUCGCCUACCUUAACUUCAAACCACCGACACAUUUGCCCUUUCUUUGGCCACUGCUCAUUUCAGCGUACAGCUGUGCACACUUUGUGAUGUUCUUUAUCUACUUCAACUAUAUUCAAUUCUUUUCAUAUGAUAAUGCUAAGAUUUUUGAUAAGCAACGGUCCACUAACAAAAAGGCUGCCAAACGGAAAUUUAAAUAAAGAAUAUUUGUCGUACUGUUUA